AUGGCAGAAAGAAUCAAGCUUACGAGAAGACGACAGGUACAUUAGACUUCCUUUCCCUCUUUUAGUUUGCUUUACGAGUGUUUCCUCAUUUCACAUAUUUAUUCCUACUGUUUCCUUUCAGCAGACGACUAAACCAUUGCUGGAAAGACAAAGAAGAGCGCGGAUAAACCGAAGUCUUGAGGAGCUCAAAAGCUUGGUUUUGUCUGCUUUGUAUCAUGAUGUAAGUUUACCUGGUAAACUUUUAUGACUUAAAGUCCCCAAUCUCAUUCUUAUCAAAGGCAAUAAGUCUUAUUUGAACGUUAAGCCAGCCACAUUUCGUUAUGCAUUCCUUAUUCAAACACUUCUACUUUGCUGUAUUUUUCUUUAUUCUACGUGAAGUCUCAAAUAAGGGUCAAUAUUACACCUAAUAUAAGCCGACAACCUAAUCGACGUUUAUUUCAUUAACAGUUUGUAAACAAUUUGUUUUUAUCUCGGUAGAAUGAUCACAACUCCCAAAAGAUGGAGAAGGCCGAAAUACUGGAGCUCACCGUGAAUUUCUUAAAAAUGAUCCGAGGGCAACAAUUGACCGGUGAGUAAGUUUCGUUUGUUAGCUUACUAUAAAGCCUGUACUGUGCGAUGGAUCCCAAACGCCCGACAUCGUUAUGGCUGCAACUCGCUCAUCCCUUUGUUUUGUCACAUAGGUUAUUGGAACAAUCCGCAAAGUGAGCCGGAAUCUCAGCAUAGCAACAAUAGAGCAGGGUUUAACGAGUGCGCGGGUAGAGUGCGCAGCUUCGUGGAAAACCAACCUGGAGUGAAUCCUAAACUGCAGGAACAAAUACUUGGAAGUCUGGCGGCGUCUUACAGCUUCAAUUUCCACACUAAUCAGACACUAGUCAACAAGAGUACCUCCGUGUCCUUCCCUCCUGGCCAAGCAGUGUACGUUAGUGGCUUACAAACCACUGCGGAGUCGCCGUGUACCUGUGCCUUUACACCCCCGCCAUCUCCUCCCCUGUCAAGUGCAUUCCGCCCGUAUGACCGCCGUGAAACUACUACAUUGACUGACGCGAGUGGCAAUUCACCAGAAAACUGUUAUUCAACGGCUGACAUCAAAAGAAGCAUGGAAGAGCCAUGUAAACUCCCACUUUGGAGGCCUUGGAUUCAGUCUUCACAACAAGGACAAAUCUAA